UUAUCAGUACAGAUAAAAGCUCACCUGUAUGACCUCGAACAGCCCACAGAGGUUAAAUUCCUGUGACCCCUCUGCUGACUCAGCAGAACUGCAGUUAUAACCCACUAGUUAAUAAGUAGUGAAACAUGAGUUUCUGUUUCAGAAGGUGUUUCUUUUGUUUGUUUGUUUAAUUGAAACUUUGGAAUCAUCACAAUAAUUAAAUUUCCUUUCAUCUGAUGAAAUCAGUGCACUCAGCAUGAGGAAAUACUCCUCGUGCUUAUCGUCAUAAAAAGAUUCUCUGCGAUUACUAUGUAAUACAAAGGGCAUAGUCGACUGUAGAGCCAUUAAAUGGGAUUGUAGUAGAAAGAAGAGAAACCUGGGAUUAUGAAGGAUUAUGAAGAAACUACAGCUUUCCUGGGCCACUGGGGACGUUUCCAGCAGAUUGUCUUCUUCCUGCUCUGUGUCAGCACUAUCCCCAAUGGAUCUGGAGUUUUAUCCAUUGUCUUUGUGGCGGACAUUCCCAGUCACCACUGCAUGAUUCCUGAGGUUAACCUGACUCAAGAAUGGCUCAGUGCUGUCAUCCCAAUAAAGGUGGUGAAUGGGAAACAGGAGCUGAGCAGAUGCAGCAGAUACAGGCUGGAUGUGGUCAGAAAUCUCUCUGCUCAGGGCUACGCUCCUGGCAGAGACAUCAACCUCACUGACCUGGAGCAGGAGGGCUGUGUGGACGGAUGGAGCUACAGCAGAGACAUCUAUCAAUCCACCAUAGUCUCUGAGUUUGACCUGGUGUGUGGUGAGCAGUGGAAGCAGCCAUUCACCACCACACUUUAUUUCCUAGGAGUUCUUGUUGGAUCUUUCUUCUCAGGACAGCUCUCAGACAGAUAUGGACGGAAGCCUGUAUUUUUCGCAACCAUGGCACUUCAGACAAUUUUUACUGUUGCUGAAGUCUUCUCCCCUUCGUGGGUGGUGUUCUCCAUCCUCCUCUUCUUCAGUGGUUUGGGACAAAUAGGCAACUACAUAGCUGCUUUUGUGCUUGGAACGGAGAUCUUGACCGGCAAUGUACGGGUCCUGUUCUCAUCGCUUGGUGUGUGUCUGUGCUUUGCCAUUGGCUACAUGAUGCUGCCUCUCUUUGCUUACUUCUUAAGGGACUGGAAGUCUCUGCUGCUGGCUGUCUCUCUGCCUGGGGUGCUCUACAUCCCCCUCUGGUGGUUCAUCCCAGAGUCUCCUCGAUGGUUGCUCUCUCAGGGAAGAAUGGAGGAAGCUGAGGCCAUAUUGAGAAAUGCUGCUGAAAAGAACAAAGUUGAGGCACCACAAGUCAUCUUUGAAGAUUACAGUGCUGAUGACAUAAAGAUGCUGUCUAAAAAUGAAGAACGCCACACUGUCUUUGACCUUAUAAGAACCAGCAACAUUAGAGCCACAACACUCAUUCUGUGCCUCGUGUGGUUCAGUCUCAGUACUGGCUAUUUUGGCCUGUCCCUGAACACAUCACGGCUCAGUGCGGACCCCUAUAUCAGCUGUUUCAUCUCAGCAGCUAUAGAGGUACCAUCUUACAUUUCCAGCUGGCUCGCACUGCGAUACUUUCCACGACGACUGUCUGCCAGUUGUACAAUGCUCCUGGGAGGACUGUCCCUGUUCUUCAUUCAGUUGGUGCCUCAAACUUUACCAGAGUUGUCUAUUACCCUGGAGAUGUUGGGUAAAUAUGGUUUUGCCACCGGUACAGCCUUGAUGUUUGCCUACACAGCAGAGCUUUACCCAACAUUGCUCAGGAACACAGCAGCAGGCACGUGCUGUACAUUUUCCAGAGUGGGCAGCUGCACUGCACCUUUUUUGUUACAGCUGAGUAUAUACUUUAGAUACCUGCCUUAUAUCACACUGGGAACUCUGGCUGUUGUGUCUGCCCUUGCCAUCCUCUUCCUUCCAGAGAGUUUUGGGCAACCUCUACCUGAAACUAUUCAACAGAUGCAUCAGAGAGAAAGGAUGAAUUGUCCCUGCAUCUCUCGAAAUGAAAAACAAAAACCUGUGGUGCUUUUCGCAAGUCAACUGUGAUUCUAAGGCACAUUACUCAGUCAUUACAUAUUGAUACUGUGUAAUUUUUCUUUCAGUUUCCUUACUCUUACUUUUUCACGUGUAAUUAAACCCAAGUACUAAAGUAUUAUCAUUUAUUUUCCAUUUUCUCAUUUAAUUUGAGUUCUAGGUGAAAUUUUCCUCUACUAUAAUUUCUGUAAUUUGUAACCUGACAGUGACAGUAAAAAAUAGAAGUUACUGGUUCUUUCUCUUACUGUGCACAUUUGCAGAAAAGAGAUUAGAGUUUAGGAUGUAGUAUUUAUUUAAAUACUGUAGUUAUUUACCGCUACAACUACAUUUUAUUUAAAUCCCUGCAAGAACCCCUGUCGCUGCACCUGUAUAGUUGUUCAUUUGUCUUAUUUCCUUUAACAGAUGAAAAAUAUUCUCUUCUCUCAAGUCUCUUCUUUAAACAGGUCUUCAGUUUGCAACAAGAUCAUGUAAAACAGGAGCAUGGACUAACCAUGAUUAAAAGGUGUUCUGGAAAUGAUCUAUUACUGUAUUUAUUCUGUGUGAUUUAUUCUAGAUAGUUGCUGUUUUUGCUUUAUUUUCAGAAUUCUUUUUUGUUUGUUUUGGCUUUUUUAAAAGAUAAGGCA